CGGGAACUGAUGGGGUUUUUAGGUUAGAAUAUGCAUAGAAAUUUAAACAUUUUAUACAUUUUUUCAUUUUCAAAUAAGUAAUGAUUAAUUUUAUUUUUUAAAAUUAAUUAACCCUUAAGUUAUGGAUUAUCAAACACCAAAUAAUACUAUUCUUCGAGGGACAGGCUUACCCAUUUUGGAGCGAAGUAUGAUAGUAAAUCAGAAACGACGAAACUUACGGAAAAGUUUCACAUGGGGCACUAUAAAUUUUGGACUUUUAUCACUUCUACUUUUUGACCUGUCUCAAACAUGUCCGUUGUAUUUAAGUUAUUACCACUAUUUAGAAUAUAUAUUGAUUCUUAUAUUAACAAUCAAUAUUUUAUAUUAUCUUUAUAAAAUUAUUAAAUCAUCUCUUGUGCGUUCGGAACCAAUUGCCAUUACAUUGGAGCAAAAGAAAUUACUUGGAAUAAAAGAUUCAGAUCCUAGUUAUAGAAUAAUCGAAACAUCAAUUAAAAGUACUACAGAUGACAGUCCCGUAACAUCUUAUUCAAGUACACCAAUGAAUUUAAGCGCCUUAAGUUGGAAGUCAAACAUUUCACAAAAUGAAAGUAUGAAUUACUCUAUGUCGUCCUCUUGGAAUUACUUGAAAGGGACACCAGAUGUAAACGUAUCUAAGUUUUCCAAUAAAACUUCCCCCAAAUCUUUCUCUAAACAGCCUUCACCAGCAAAACUCUCAUUCCGUGAUACUUCUUCCUUAGAAUUCAUUAAAGAUGAAAAUUCUCUUCAAAAAUAUUUGAAGGAACAUGAAGAGUCGCAGAAAGUGGAUAAAGUAACAAAUAAAACCCAUCAGUCUUCUAAUCUACUGAGUUCAUUUUGGAGCCAUCCUGUUUCAAAGACUGCAAAGGAUAUGUCAUCAUUUUUAAAAAAAUGUCAAUAUCAAUUGUCCACUCCUUCCCCAACUAGGACAGCAACUAGUAGUCCAAGUAGUAAAGUAGAAGACAAGACAUCUAGCCCCGCCCAAGUAACGGCACUAGAAGUAUGGACUAGGAUUAACGUAGACAGUGUGGCUUUGACACAGUGGAACGAGAACUUAAGAAAAUGGAUAUCGCAGACGAUACUUGAAAGGUUGGUUGAAGAAUUUGAUCGGAUCAAUGAUUCUCUGGAGAAGCACGGUUUGACGGACAUAAAAAUUGGUAGAGUCGGCCUGGACAGACUACGUAAAACUGCUCAAAUGGUGCCCAUAGCACAGUUUAUUCCAUCGUUAGCAACUUUAAUCCCAUUUUUGGAAGUCACAACAAAUCAAGAAUACUUAGAAAAGAGGAUUAGAGAACUUGCCAGGGGUGGAUGUAUGAGUGAAUUUAAAUGGAAUGGAGGUAGCAGUUACAAUGGAAAAGAUUGGGAUGACUCGUUGCCAACAGAUUGUGCAGUUGUAAUGCAUUUACUAGCCUCUUACUUAGACACACAACUUAUGCCCUUACCAAAUAUGCCUGACACAAAACCCUUCAGUGGACAUCACUACAUAAAGGCUACUGAUAAGAUGCCACCUUUGGCACCGAACAGUCUCUUCAUACAGCAGGUAUCUGAAAAACCUCCACACUACAGGGUAGUUGUCGGCGAAAAAGUUUACGAAAUGGUUAAGGGCUACAACAAUCUCUUCCACAGCAUUCUAUUUUUUAUCUAUCACGUCAAUAAGAUGGAACAUGGCAUGCUUGGAAGAGUAAACUUAGGAAGAGCUGGCGUCAACAUAUUGUGGGUUAUAGACCAAUAAUUACUAUUACUUUAUUUUAAGCUACCUUGUAAUUAUUUUUUUUACGAUUUGUUUAAUGAAAUAAUAAAUAAACACUAUACCGAAACAGAUUGAUUAUUUAUUGUAGACAGAACCAGAAAAAAUAUCAAAUAAAAUAUAAAACAUAAAUUCUGAGGGGACUACUUAGUUGGAACAACUGUUGUUUUUCAGGGGCAUACCCAGCGAGCAAGUCGUUUUUUCCAGAUAAACCCAUUAGUAUGUUUAUCUGAAUAUUACAUAAAAACCGCAAAAAAACUACAAGGUGGUAUUCUUUUCUACAAAAAAAAAA